CCGCACGAGCACAACAACCGGCCGGGACCGUUGACAAACACUGCUGUUCACCAUGGAGCGAAAAGUGGCGAGGGAAUUUCGACAUAAGGUGGAGUUAUUGGUUGAUAAUGAAGCAGAGAAGGACUAUCUCUAUGAUGUUCUCCGCAUGUACCACCAAUCAAUGGACCUGCCUGUCCUGGUCGGCGACCUGAAGCUGGUGAUUAAUGAGCCCAAACGCCUUCCACUCUUUGAUGCCAUCAGACCCCUGAUUCCUCUCAAACACCAGGUGCAGUAUGACCAGCUCACGCCCAAGAGAUCCAGAAAGUUGAAGGAAGUGCGUCUGGACCGCACACACCCUGAGGGUCUGGGUUUGAGCGUUCGAGGUGGGCUGGAGUUCGGCUGUGGUCUCUUUAUCUCACAGACAGUCAAAGAUGGACAGGCAGGAAAUGUUGGGCUGCAGGUUGGCGAUGAGAUCGUGCGCAUUAACGGCUACUCCAUCUCCUCCUGCAUUCACGAGGAGGUCAUCAACCUCAUCAAAACCAAGAAGACCGUCUCUCUGAAAGUCCGCCAUGUGGGCAUGAUUCCUGUCAAAAGCUCCUCUGCAGACCCUCUGAAGUGGCAGUUUGUGGAUCAGUUUGUGUCGGAGUCAGGGGAGAAGAAAACCAGUGUGGCUGGUUUGACUUCAAUCGGAGGAAAAGAGAUCAAGGAAAAGAAAGUGUUUCUUAGUUUAGUGGGCACUAAAGGCAUGGGAAUCAGCAUAUCAAGUGGACCAACACAGAAACCAGGGAUCUAUGUGAGCAAUGUGAAGGCAGGGUCACUCUCUGCCGAAGUGGGUUUACAGGUCGGCGACCAGAUUGUUGAAGUCAAUGGGGUGGAUUUUGCCAACCUGAGUCAUCAAGAAGCAGUGCGAGUGUUAAAGAGCAGUCGCAGUCUGACCAUCACUGUUCUCACUGGAGCUGGAAGCGAGCUGUUUAUGACGGAUGAGGAGCACUUGGCGGCCGAAGCGCGACAUGAGCUUCAGAGACAGGAGCUAAUGCAUCAGAAGAAAGUGGCAUUAGAGACCAACAAGAUCAUCAAAGAACAACAGGAGAACGAACGACUGAGGAAGAUGGAGAUAUCACAGAAGACUGCAGAGGAAGAGGAACGCUAUCAGAAAGACAUGGAGAGAAUUCAAGCAGCAGAGAGGAAGCACCAUAAAGAAUGGGAAGAAGACUGGGGCUCCAAGGAAAAAUCCAAAUCUUCCUCACGGUCCAUGUCCCGCUCUCCCUCCCCCCAACCGCCGGCACACCGCUCACCCUCACCAAAACCUAAAACCUCAACCGCCGAGCGCUCAGAUGAAGAGGAGGAAGCAGAAGGAUUUCAGAAAUAUGUGGAUGAUUUUGAUCCAUAUUCAAUGUUCACGGCUGAGCAGAUAGCUGGAAGAGAUGUGCGACUUCUGAGAAUCAAGAAGGACGGAAAGCUCGAUCUGGCUAUAGAGGGAGGCAUUGACUCCCCACUGGGAAAAAUUGUGGUGUCGUCCAUCUAUGAAGGAGGUGCAGCAGAUAAACACGGUGGGGUUGUGGCCGGUGAUGAGAUCAUGGCUGUGAAUGGAAAGAUCCUGACAGAUGGGACUUUGGCUGAAGGACAGACCUCAAUGGCUCAAGCCUGGAACAGUGGAGGGGACUGGAUUGACCUGGUGAUCGCAGUGUCCCCACCCAAGGAAUAUGAAGAUGAAGUAACAUUCUUUUGAGGACCUGUCCAUGGAACCACAGUGAACAGAAAAUCCCAUGACGAAUCAGAAGACAGUUUUUAUAUUUUGCACAUCCUUCACUUAUUUUGCAUUCAUUACUAUGCAGAUACAAAUUGAAAGUGUUGCUUUAUAAAUUAAAUAAAAUCGCUCACAUCUUGGUGAAAAAUCAACAUAUUUGGCCAUGUUUAUUGCAAUACAAU